AUGGACACCGACGACGCCCCACCGGUCUCUCCUACGAGUCAACCUAUAGUUGAACGUGAAAAGACAGCGCCGUUUCUCAUCCGCACUUUCGUGAAAACGGGAGGCUUCCAUCGCCUUACGUUGUUCACAGACAACCAACUUCCGACCAGCGAGGAGCAACAAGUGUACACUUGGAAAGACGCCACACUACAUGAAGUCCUAACAACAUUGCGCUCUGUGGGCCCACAAACGCCGGAAUACCGCCACCCCCUCGCUCGUUAUGCUUUCCGGGCCGUCUAUGCCGACCCGACUAACCGCGGCGCAAUCACAGCCAAAGACCUUGGCACAGUCUACUCCCGUGACAUCCUAGGCGAACCAGGAUCACUCAACGCGCCGGCGACGCGUCUGACCGAAGACGAAGAGUCAAACGAGCGUUACAAGGACGCGCGUACACUUGAUGAAUUGCGCUUUGCUCCUGGAGACUAUCUCUGCGUUAGCGUCACGCUACCAAAGGGCGCCGCUCCCCCGGCCGACAUUGGGAUAAAGGGUGCAGCUGGUCCUGGAAUUGGAAACGGCUGGAAGUCUGCUGGAGCAUUACCGCCUCCUCGCGCACCGGGAGCUCCAUCUGGACGUGGUGGCGGACAUUGGCGCGGCGGGAGCGACGCGCCGCCGCUCGCUGCUGGGCGCGGACGUGGACGAGGCAGGCCGGACGACUUUGGGCCGGGCCAUAACCGUGACCGUGACCGCGACGCGCCGAGGGACAGGGAUCGCGACCGGCAUGAUGACCGCGACCGGAGGGCACCGCUACCGCGCAGAGAUUCCCCACCGCCGAGACGCGACUCGCCGCCGCCUAGGUGGGAGAGGGAGCGCGAGCGUCUGCCACCAAGAAGACGCUCGUACUCGCGGUCUAGGUCGCCUCCGCCGCGUCGUCGGUAG